AUGGAUCAACAAAAGUGGAAAAGUAUUCAAAAAAGUGGAGCAUUUAAAAGAAAAGUUAAAAAUAACUAUCAUUCGCUUCAAGCACUGACCUUAAUACAAAGUAAUAGAGCUCAAGCUGCGAGUGAGGAAAAUGAGAAGGGUUCCGUAUUACAUUUAAAUGCAAAUUUAACCAAUCAAUUUAACCAAAAUGUUACAAGUAUACCCUGCAGUGCAUUUGCCGAAGUUCAGAACUCUUGUUCAUUUUCCGAAGUUGAAGAUAGUUAUUCAUCGUCCGAAAAUGAAGAUAAUGUUGAUAAACUAGACACUUCAAUCAAAAAUGAUGACUUCAGAUACCAUUAUAAAAAGUGGGCUAUUGAUUUUAAUAUUCCAUAA